AUGUUCUUCGGACGAGGUGCACAAGGAAUUGCCGCCGUGAAACGACAGCGUGGAGAUGAACAUGGCGCUGGGCAUCCAUAUGUUUUAGUAGAAGAUUUGGAAGAGACACUUAAUGAACGCUACGAUUAUGGAUUGGAUUUAGUGUUACUAUCUAUCGACGAAGGAAUAAAAGGAUAUCGUGACGACUCUUUAGAAGCUGUCCAGAGGAAUCGUGUCGAAUAUUGUAUGCCUCUGACGGUAGUUACCUAUAAAGAUUUGUACGGCUGGACGAUGGAUGAGAUCGUGGCAAAGAUAGGAAAGAAAAAUAAUUGCACAUUUUGUGGUGUCUUCCGUCGGCAAGCUCUGGACCGUGGUGCUCAUAAAAUCGGCGCGUCUAAGUUGGUGACUGGUCACAACGCAGAUGAUAUGGCGGAAACCGUGCUGAUGAACAUCUUACGUGGCGAUGUUGCGAGACUUCAACGUUGUACUAGCGCACUCACUGGUGAAGAAGGCGAACUUCCUCGAGCUAAACCGUUGAAGUACUGCUUCGAGAAGGAUAUUGUUAUGUACGCGCGACUAAAUAAGUUGGAUUAUUUCUAUACGGAAUGCGUUUAUGCUCCCGAUUCAUACCGUGCAUAUUCAAGGACAUUUAUCAAGGAUCUCGAACGACUGAGGCCGGAGUCUAUUUUAGCUUUAAUAAAGUCCGGAGAGUCAGUUGUAGUGAAGACGGAAGUGGCUAUGCCAACGUUAAUCAACUGUUCUAGAUGUGGAUAUAUCUCAAGUCAGUCAAUUUGUAAAGCAUGUUUGUUGUUAGAGGGUCUGAAUACUGGAUGUACCGAUUUGGGGAUAAGGAGAAAGACGAAGAAAAUAGCUAUUGUUGAUGAAGAGAACCCUCAAACAAGCUCAAGCUGCGGCGGUGGAUGUGACUGUGAUGACAACGUUACCACUUCGUUUUAA